AUUCAUCUUCCUUGAAUCGUCAUUCGCCAGCCAUAAUAAUAUUCACAGUAGCUCACUUUCCUCCUAGCGUCAUUCUGGUUCCUAGUUCUCACUCACUGAGCCGACUCGCCGUUCUAGGAUACUCCUAAAUCCUAUUGAAAUAAGUGUGCAUUACACUUUUAGGUUCCCAGGUUACUAUGAAUUAACAUGGAACAACAUAUGGACCCUAACACUGAGAAGAUGGGUAUGAGUGACAUUACCAGUUCUGUUCAGUGUUCAUUAGUUAGCAUGAAGAGGGAACCAAUCGAUGUUGAAGGUACUUCCCCUGUGGCUUGUGAGAUUGCUUCCCAGGAUCCCAUAAACACCAAUUCUGUUGGAGAACAAGUGGAUACAGAGGAGGACGAGUGUGAAAAUGCUGAAAACCAGUUGGUGCUUUAUGAUCCUUCGGUCAACGAUGUGCCUGUUACUGAUCAGUCCCCUCCUACAAGUCUGCGAAAGAUAUUAUUUCCAAACCACUCAUCCUACGUACAGCAGAGGAUUUUGCCAUCCGUCGGAGCUUUCACUGUUCAAUGUGCAAACUGUUUUAAGUGGAGGCUUAUCCCAUGUAAGGAAAAAUAUGAGGAGAUAAGGGAACACAUACUGGAAAAUCCUUUCUUUUGUGAAACUGCUCGCGAGUGGAGGCCAGAUAUAUCAUGCGACGAUCCACCUGACAUCACUCAAGAUGGCAGUAGGCUUUGGGCGAUUGAUAAGCCAAAUAUUGCUCAGCCCCCUCCAGGCUGGGAACGUCUUUUGAGAAUCAGAGGUGAAGGCGGCUCCAAGUUUGCAGAUGUGUAUUAUGUUGCACCAUCAGGCAAGAGAUUGCGCUCCAUGGUAGAUAUUCAAAAGUACCUGGAUGAACACCCAGAGUACGUAACUGAGGAUCUUAAGAUGCAUCAGUUUUCAUUUCAGAUUCCAAAACCACUUCAGGAAGACUAUGUGAGAAAACGUAGUCAUCGUGCAAUGCCUCCAAAAGUUGACCCUGCUCCUCAAAUAGCUGGAUUACUCGAGUCUGCUGAAGCCGAACCUAUUGCAUGGGUUUGUCCAGAUGAUGAUGAGGAGGAUACAAGCUUGCGUCUGGGCAGACCGGGGCUCUCAAAUAAUGCCCUCCCGCCCGUGUCGUCUGAUGAGCCUUUGAGCUCGCCAUCCUCAUUGCCAUCAUCAAUGAACAAGAAAAGGAAGCAGACACCAGCUUUUGAAACCAUGUCUGCUGGUGCGGGUGCAUGGCUCUGAUCAUUGUUAGUUCACUACUACUGUAUGUUGAUUAAUUAGAAGAAGACUGCCUUAAUUAGCUAGCAUAGCUUUCUCCUAAUUGAAUCCUUUUUUUUGCUGCUGCUGCUGCUUCAGGCCAGGAUUCAGUAUGUGCAGCUAGUUCAGUAUUACCACUUAAUUCUGUUGUAAUUGUAUGGUAGGAGGAGUUUUUAGUAACUUGACUAGCAGUAAACUUUAAUUUGUAUG